UGCUUGUGAAUGACUGAGCAAUUGAGGGAAGCAAUCGUGGCACCCACCUGUUCCCAAUGAGCCUGUUCACCUGUGGGAUGUUCCAAACAGGUGUUUGAUGAGCAUUCCUCAACUUUCUCAGAUUUGCAAAUCAUUGUAUUCUGUUUUUUCUGUUUAACACAACAUCCCAAGUUCAUUGGAAUUGGGGUUGUACGAAGGAUGGCAAGGACGCAGCGAGAGAAGGUUGAUGGAUGGAGUGAGGGAAGACAUGAGGCCAUUUGGUGUUAGAACGCAGGAGGACGCAGGAGAGAGGCUCGUGUGGAAAAGGGUGGCAAGCCCAAAGAAAAAGAACAAGAAGGAAAAACAUUCACCGAGUUCAAUUGGAGAAGAAAGUCACUGCUAGCCUCCCAGCCAGUGGUGGCGCUCGUCUUCCUGUAGUCGCCAUCUUCUCCCGUUGGCGCUCAUUGUGAGUGACGGCACUUCCGCGGAAGUCAACGCAAUCGAUCAAAAGCAUCACGGGGCAACGGCAAUGGAAAAGUGGCCGACUUUAAAGGAUGCCUGCUUCCGAGCCAUCCACGAGCAACAUUUCCGCGCUGUGGGCACCGCGGCGAUUCUCACAAAAAAUCUUUCUCGCUGAGCAAGACUUGAGAGUGGAAGUGAUGCGACUGAUGUUUGCCGAGCUCCUCUGCACUUCCACCCUCGACAUGGACGUCUGGAAAAAUGUGAGCUUUCCCACCUUCGUGUCGACAGCCAUCAAGAGCGUCAACCACGUGACGUUCAGCUCCGACAUGCGCCCCUACGUGGACUUGACUUCGGGGGAGCCGACUCUUCUCCACAGUCUGGAGAAGACUGUGGAGAAGCUGAGGGUGGUGUUGAAGGACGAAUUGAUGUCCCGGGAUAUGUCCCAACUACUGUUCUUCAUGAUCCAUCGUCUUCUGGACCACGGCGCGGUUAAACACCUCAGCCUGUCCUCACCUUUCGUCAACUUCUUGACCUGGCUGCUCGGUUACCGAGGGCAUCGGUAUCGACCUCUCACGGAAUGGCAGAACAAUGAAACUUUGGGUCUAGGUACUACUAAAGGUUUUCCUUAUGAUGAAUAUUUAGAAGAAUUGGACGACGAAGACGGUCCCUCAAUCAAACUCAGGAGGAUGGGGGCGUCAUACUGUGAGCCUCCACGGUACCAUUGUAAAGACUGUUAUCCCAGCCGCAUGACGCCGUAUCCAGAUUCAAAGAUCGAAAGUCUGGAACUGACUGUGCGUUUCCCGGAGCAGCUGGCGGAUAUCAUCAAAAUCCUGCCCACUUUUGACAGCCUCACCUCUCUCACGCUGCGUAGUUGGUCCAGGAUUCCUAUCAGCCACAUACACGACCUGGCAAAAGCUUUGCAGUCUUUGGCUUCGCGGCCCCACCGGUCCCUCCGCCGUCUGGCCGUCUGCUUGCUGCCGUGCAUGUCGCUGCUAGGCGUGCUGUUGAAAGCUUACCGAGAACUGAAAGAGCUGGAUGUGGAGUUCGAGACCGCCCGGUUCAGGAGAAUCUGCGAAGAGAUCGAAGGCGAACUUCCUCUGGAGCGCCUUUCAUUCCAAUCGGACGAGGGCCGGCUGGAGCACGCCUUCCUCUUGAACACGUUGACACUGUGCCCCCGUCUGGUCUCGCUGCACGUCUCGUCUAUUCGGCUGUUCACCGGCUGCCAUCUCAAGGAACUCCUCAACACACUCGCAGAGUCAAACGUUUGCCUGACAAGUCUAAGCUUGGCGGAUCUAAACUUGUCCGACUGUCUGGAGGAGAUCGUCAAGGUUUUGAGGGUCUGCAAGCUGGAAGAGCUGGAGCUCCAUGCCUGUCGCCUUCUGGAGUGUGCCGUUGACAAGGCUGAGAGUCUGCGUCAGCUGGUGGACGCCCUGAAGGCGUUGCCGUCCCUGCGCAAACUAACCUUGUCUCUGAACCGCCUGGCCAAACACGUGCACGUGCUGGCUGGACUCUUCUCCAGACCUGCGCCCAGCUCGUUGGAGUACCUCAAUGUCAGGGCCAACUUCAUUCAGCCAGCAGACCUGCAGGUCUUCGCCGAGGCCUUGAGGUCGCAUCCUCCUCUGAGCAAACUCACCCUGGACGUCACGGACAACCCGGGAGAUCGCGACGCCGACACGUGGAACGCGGCGCUCAACAAGCUCCGCCCUUUCUGUCAUCUCCGGACCAACUGGUGGAACUCGAGAAACGCCAUGGCCGAUCACGUCAGCAACAUGUGAGGCGGCGGAAGGAAACGUACGUGACAACCCCAGAGAGAGAUUCGCUUCGAGUCUUUUAUGGAAGCAGAAGCUCUGGUAUAUGUUCUAUUUUUGCGCAGCUGUGCCAGGAAGUGAGAGUCACAUGCACGUGUCAUGUGAUUCGUCACUAGUCACCUGACACCAGCAUGCUCGUGGUUGUGGUAAAGUGGUCAAUGAGGAAAGCCGUUUGAGGGUUUAUUUGCUAAAUCCAUGUUCAGUGGUGCCCACUGAAAUGAAUCAAUGCCAUUCAGCUACACUUUUUGCUUCCAAUUCUAUGGCUGUUGUGCUGCUCCUGGUGUGUGCGCCUUGGCAAUCUGGGGGCAGUAUAAUAACAGACAUACAGAUACUGCACAUGGAGACGGUCUCAUCUACUCAAAGUACAGUCAUUCUUAGUCAUUCUUUGCAGAGGAUAAAGAAUGUAUGCUGGUGAAUAUUGUGACAUAUCAACAUCGUGAUAUGUCAACGUGUGUUGAUGUGUUGUUGUGUUCAAAUAUCCGUUUUGACCGCCACACAGAUGCUAUUCGUUAGUCUGUCUCAUGCGUUUUGCGUUGUUAGUUAGCAUUGAGCUAGAGGGACUUAAAGCUAAGUGGUUGUUUUCAACACAAAACAGGGAAUUCUCUUCGUUCCGUGUUUAGUUUGACAGCAAACUUCAGCUAGGAGUGGCAUUAAACAGCUUGACAUGUCACUGCCACCAUACAGCGCAUGUUUUUGCUCGCAUCAAAGCAAAAUAUCGGCUGAACGCCAUCUACAGUGGGAGGAAAAAGUUACGUGAACCCUUUAGAAUUUCUAACAUCUCUGCAUAAAUUGGUCAUCCAAUGUGGUCUGAUCUUCAUGGAAAUCACAAGAAUAAACAAACACAGUCUACCUAAACUAAUAUCACACAAAUAAUAUAGACAUAUUUUUCUAGAAAUAACGUGUCGACAUUGACAGGAUGGGGAGGAAAAAGUAACUGGGUGACCCUUGACCCUGUAUCAAUAUUUUUUAUGGGAUGUAUUGUAAAUAGAUGACAUUAAGUAUUGUCUGCAACAGGAGUGAAGGCGGAGAAUUAUGAUGCGGUCUCUAUUGCCACCUAGUUUGGGGGCGUAAUUCCACAUUCAGACGCAUCCGAGAGAUGCGCUACAAUUGUCGAGCCGUUUCUGAGCCCGAGCCGACGUAGGAAGCGUAUCAACUGGGCCAAGGAGAAGAAGGACCGAACUGUCGGCCGGCGGUCCGAGGUCCUCUUCCGAUGAAAGUGAAGUGUGCCUUUCAUUCGGGAAUCAAGGUCCCAGACUUUGCAGGAAGACGGGUGAAGAACAGAGCCCAAGCUGCUUGAGGUCCAGUGUGAAAUAUCCGCAGUCAGUCAUAAUUUGGGCUGCAAUGUCCAGUGCAGGUGUUGGUAAACUCCAAGGCCACCGCAAGAGUCUACCAGAAUGUUGAAGAGGACUUUGUGAUUCCUUCUGCUGAGGAUCUGUACGGAGAUGCAGAUUUUGUCUUCCAGCACCAAAACCUGGUUUGAUGCCCAUGCCAUCACAGUGCUUGACUGGCCAGCCAACUCACCGGAUCUAAACCCCAUCGAGAAUCGAUGGGGUAUUACCAAGAGGGGCACCAGACCCAAAAACAAAGAUGAAAUCUGGGCUUCCAGAACUCCCAGGCAAUGCCACAGGCUGACUGCUUCAAUGCCAUGGCGCAUCCGGGCAAUGAUUCAAGCAAAGGGAUUCCCAACCAAGUACUGAAGAUUAACAUAUCGUUUUGAAAGUACCGUCUUUUGAUUGAUUUCAUGUCACCCUAAUAUCUUUUUUUUUUGACAAAAACUGAGAAGUAAAUAGUGAUUUCUUCACAGUAUUCACAUUUUUUGAAUUUCUGAUUUCGUGGGUUUUAUGCGCUGGAAGCCCAAAUUAUGUAUAAAUAAAUACUGGAAAUUGUUUAAAUUGUGGGCCCUGAAUCUAUAAUCUAUGAAAGUUUCACUUUUUGAAUGGAAUUAUGGAAUAAAUAACAUUUUUCAUGAUAUUAACAUUUUUUGGAAAGGGUCUAUAUUGGGUCGAAUGAAGUAUCACAGCUUACACCCACGAUUUUACUUGCAAAAUACAACACAGCAGACCCUCGAAAGAACGGACGAAUGGGGCGUCCGAUAUAGCCGAUUGUCCGUGAAAUUGAAUCACAUUUGUUUUGAGGCUAUAUUCCCCUGUAUUGCUGUACGAUAACAAAUUAUUUUGUAAGUUUUUUUCAUGGCCUAAAACGCCCAGUACAGUACAAAGUUAUUGUAAAUAAUAAAAAGUUUGAAAAUG